GGGCUUUUAUUCCAAAAACAACUGGUAGUACUUAUUUUAGGUUCAAAUAGAAAUUUAAGAAAAACAGUAUAAAGCUUUUUAACCUAAAUUAGGUUAACAAAAUCAGCAAAAAAAUCUAGUAGUAAUUUUACAGAGAAACACCUUUGUUUCCAAAGAUUUGGAUUUAAUCAACACACCACUGUCUACAUCUAUUUGUAACCGAAAGUGACUGUCAGGAGCAGGGAGUCUGAAACUUUUGCAUUUAAUUUGAGGGUGCAUUUUUGCUUGUAUCGUCGUAGUACUGCAGUUGCUUUAGUGAAAAAAUGGCCAGCGGUGGAGGAAACGGCAAGGAAGAGCUUAGCGAACUCUUGCCUGGAGAUGUUGUGACUCCUGCAGGCUAUUCGAGGGGAACUGACACUAAUAGAAAUCCUGGUUUUGGAGCUGGAAUGGGUUAUGGCACGGGAAGUGGAAUGGGAAGUGGAAUGGGCUGUGGGAUGGGACGGGGAUUUUCUAUGGGCAGAUUUCCCAUGUCGAGUUUCGGGCAAGAUUUCGGCGCAAAUAUGCUAGGCCACAGCUCGGGCAUGGGAAGUGGGUCCUUUGAAAAUGGAUUUGACGAUAACCCGUAUGAUGACAGAAACGCUUGUGUCGGCCGUGGGUGGUGUCCUGGCGCUGGCAUGGGACUGCCUGGUUGCUCAGUGAAAGAUGCAUACACUGGAGGUCAUUUCAAACUCAUCGACUGUCCUGGUGAUGAAUGCAAACAAAAUUAUUAGCAACACUGGAUAUUUGUAUAUACAACUAUAGCACCAAAUGAAAGGAAAAUCUAAACAUCAGUUAAUAUUUUAGAGAAAAUAAAUAUUUAGAAUUUUAA